AAUUAUGACCUACGGCUUACUCAACAUUGUUUCUUUUGGAUGUGCAGCUUGUACAUUUAUAAAUGUUGUUUUUUGAUUUGAACAGCUGUGCUAAAGAGGUGAGGAGAAUAGAUAAGGAAUGGGCGAGGCCUGGAUCCUACAUAGGGGAAAAAAGUAAUUGAGCAGCUCACACAAAACUGCUGACAAGAAAGAUGGCAUAUCAUGGGAGAUCACGUGCAAACACAUCUUGUUUGAUAGAGCCAAACAAGUAAAAACCAUAAUUACACAGUAGAGCCUGCCGUCAGUAUCCAGAGCGCCAAGUGUAUAUAUUUCCAUGUUGUAGCGGUGUGGUUCAUUAUCUCACAGUAUAACAUUCACACAUGUUGUUUCAUAUAAUUUGGACUUAUAGAAGAAAGACAGAAGUGGCUGUAAGUGGCAUGACUAUUGCUUUAUUUUACUUCAUAUUUAGUACUACUACUACUACUAAUAGGAGGCCUACCACUAUAACUACUGCUACUACUAUCACUAUAACUACUGCUACUACUACUACUACUUCUACUACCAUAACUACUGGAUAAACUCAGGAUAGCAGGGCCGUCUGCAUCAGUAAGUGACACCAGCAAGGUUGUUGCAUUGUCAGUGUUUCUAUGGCAACAACAACAUUCAAAACAAAUUGCUGCCCUACACGACCAGGCGGUGCUGAUGCGGGGUCAACCUCAAAGUGGGUAACCAGCUUAAUCAUUUCUUAUUGUGGGUCGUCAACCGUUAACCGCAGCGAUGCCAAAUAAAAAGGGGAAUAAAGGAAAAGGCAGCGACGCGAAGGAAGGCAAACAAGAGCCCAAGGCCGACAAAGAGUCGGAUGUGGAGAGGGCGAAGGCCAACGCUGCCCUGUGGAGGCUGAGGUUGGACGUCGCAGAACAGUCGCUCGAUGAGUACCGCGCCUCCACGGGCACGCUGGCCGCGGCCAACCAGGCCCUCACCAACCAAGUGUACCGCUCAGAGAAGGACAUGAUGGACAUCAUGGCCCACCUUAAGAGAAAAGACGCCGAGACAGACGCAAAGAUAGCGAGUUUGGAGGAGCAACUCAAAAGUGAAAAUGCGCAUGCGCGUGAAGAACGGGAGAAUCUGGUCGCCGAGCACACUCUUCAAAACGAAGAGCUUGAGCAAAGAUUCGGGGAGAGGGCCAAGGACUUUGACACGAUCCAGGCGGGGCUGAAGAAGAUCGAGGAGUUCCGCAAGACGAAGGCCAAGAUGGAGCUGGAGCUGAGACGCAUGAGAGAAGGCAUGUUGCUCGCCGAGAGAAAACACCUAGAGAACCUGGGCAGAGUGGAGACCAAAUUCUACACCCAAAAGCUGCGCCUUGAGAAGGAGGCUGAGCAGAGGCUGGCCCACCUGAGUGAGCUAGCCCACGAUGAGGCCGUGCUGAAGCUAGACGACGCCUCCCGCUCGGUGUUCAAGGAGAACGUCCGUCUGAACGAGGCCUUGAACUACCACAUCAAGGAGGUAGAGGACCUGAGGAAAAAGGCUGCCACCUCACAAGCCACCAUGCUCAGGGACAAGUAUACCGAUGUGCGGAUGACCCAGACGAACGCGGCCCAGAUGAAGGCCUACAGGAAGGAGAUCGCCGACCUCCGGGCCAAGCUGGACUACUCGGAGAAGGCCCAGGCGCUGCUGGUGGGGCAGCUGCUGCAGGAGAGGGGGCUCCGCGAGGUUGACAGCCGGGCCAGGUCUGAGGACCUGCACAGGUUCCAGAAGUUGUUGGCCAAGCGGGGCAGAGAGACGGCCCGAGGCAAGCGGCAGGUCGCCGAGACGGAGAUGCAUCGUUUUUUCCAUGCCGCACUGUCUCAGGUGAGGCAGGAGAUCCAGGCCAGCAGGCUGGUGUACAAGAAGCAGGCAUUGACGGCCUACCAGGGCAGCCUGAGGGAAGCCCUGGCGGGUAGGAAGCAGCACCCCCUCGUCCGCACCUUCAACAAGAACCCCCACAGCACCAACUCGGUCUACACGGACAUGGAAGAGGCUCAGAAGUGGACUGAGACGCAGGGACAGAACGACCAAGUGGACGUCAGAGACCUCACUUGGGAGCAAAAGGAGAAAGUGCUGAUGCUGCUCUUUGCGAAGAUGAACAGACCAAAAACAAGGAAGCAAUGCCGGAAGGAGGCUCCUGACACGUCCAUGGAGCAGAGCGGGAGGGACAGCGCAGACGCCCUGAGGAUGACCCAGAGGACCUUCAUGACCCUGAUGCCCGAGAACAGCCUCCCUGACAUCCACAAGUGACCCAGGUCUUGGCCUGGCUGUCCCCCCUCCCCCCACACACACACUACUGUCGGCUGCUGCUGGGUGGAUGGGAAUAAAGAAUAUCCUAAGCAUUAGGACAGGGAUGUUUAUUUUCCCAAACAAACAUUGGUCAACAUUUUAUGAAAUCCACUUCUAUCCACCUUUGUUCAUUCACUUUAGGCAUGGUUUUCAUUCUGAUUCCGAUGUUAUUAGUAUAUUUUGUAGACAAGACGGGGAACACACAUACGACAAU